AUGACAUUUCCUGCUGCUCCAAAUAAGCAUUCGACAUGCUAUGCUUGCGGAAGAUUUUCCCUAACCACUUUCACCGGAAUACCAAAGAUCUCUCUAGUUUGGUUAACUGAUCUGGCUCACGACACUGUAAAUUUACUCUAUCACACGGAUGAUCAGUUUUUGAAGUUCUUCACAAAAAAUCAGAAAAACCUUGAGCACUCCUUCCUCUUUUUUUUCGGGGACCAUGGGCCACGCUAUUCAGAUAUUCAUACCGUUCGACUUGGACGAUAUGAAAAUCGGAACCCUUUUUUUCUGAUGGCUCUCCCGAAAAGGAUGCAAAACACCGCAAUGCAUGAAGAGCUACGAGCCAAGUCCAUGCAGCUGAUGACCCACUUCGAUAUUCAUGCUACACUAAACGACAUUUUGCAUUAUCAGCCACAUUCAAAAUACUCGGACACUACGGAACGCAGAAUGCUGUCUAUCAGCAAAGGUUCAUCUUUGCUGCGAAAAUGGCAAGGAACAAGGAACUGUCAGACACUUCCAAUUCCAUUCGACUAUUGCAUUUGUCAGUACGAAAAGAAGAAUGUAACAAGAGUACUCGGCUUUUUUGUUGCUGACGAAUUGAAUCGCACGUUGGAAAGAAUGGGUUAUGCAGAAAAAUGUCUGAAGCAAGAAUAUAAGAGGGCCAUGGACAUAGAAGAACUGCAAGUCGGAGUAGACAGGCUUUACACAGUCUAUAUUGAGUUGCAGCCUUCAAAUGGACUUUUCUCGGUGUGA